AUGGCAGACGUAGAUAUGACAGACGCCCCACCAACUACAGUGAAGAAGGGUGGUGCAAAGAAGGCAGCAGGUGGUGAAGGUUCGGAAGGCAAGAAGCGCUUCGAAGUGAAGAAGUGGAACGCGGUAGCUUUAUGGGCAUGGGAUAUUGUUGUUGACAAUUGUGCUAUCUGCAGAAAUCAUAUUAUGGAUCUUUGCAUCGAAUGUCAAGCAAACCAAGCCUCUGCCACAAGUGAGGAGUGCACUGUAGCCUGGGGAAUUUGUAACCACGCAUUUCAUUUCCAUUGUAUUUCCCGUUGGUUGAAGACACGCCAAGUUUGCCCGCUUGAUAACAGAGAUUGGGAGUUCCAGAAGUAUGGUCGUUAA